UCUAGCUGGUUACACACUUACACCCAAAAUCUUUGCAAUCUUUCUCUCCUAAACCCUUCCUUCAUUGUUAUCUUCUCGAAGCAAUUUUGAGACAACCAAGAGUGGAAGGAGUUAACUUGGGUGUAACCAGAAUUACACGGGGGUGUAACAAGAAAAAUUCUAAUAUUUAUACAUGAAACUUUGAAUUUUGCAACACUUGCUUCAGUUUAGUCUCAAAACGCCAAAGAUGAUAAACAACGGAGUACACAGUCUCCGCACGUGCCUCCGCCUCCCGGAACAUCCAAUUUUCCGAGCAACUCCGCUCUCUUACAAUUUCCGGCGCCGGUUUUUCGUCACCGCAUCAUUAACGGAGAAGAAGAAAGAGAAGGUUAUAGUUAUUUCUGGACCCACCGGUUCCGGUAAGAGCCGUCUCGCAAUGGAACUUGCUAAAAGCAUCAAUGGUGAAAUCGUUAGUGCCGAUUCUGUUCAGGUAUACAAGGGUCUUGAUGUUGGAUCUGCAAAGCCUUCAUUAAAUGAUAGAAAGGAAGUGCCGCAUCAUCUGGUUGACAUACUUCAUCCAUCUGAAGAUUAUUCUGUUGGGCAGUUUUUUGAGGAUGCAAGGAAAGCGACAAGAUCUAUUCUUGACAACGGCCGUGUUCCGAUUGUUGUUGGGGGCACUGGACUGUAUUUAAGAUGGUUCAUAUAUGGAAAGCCAGACGUGCCUAAAGCCUCCGCAGAGAUAACAUCUCAAGCUUGUAUGGAGUUAGCUGAAUUACAGAGAAAUGACGACUGGGAAGCUGCUGUGCAGUUGGUGGUAAAAGCAGGUGAUCCAAAGGUCCAACAUAUAGCAGUGAAUGAUUGGUACCGAUUACGGCGUAGUCUAGAGAUUAUUAAGUCUAGUGGAUCACCUCCUUCUGCUUUUCGGGUACCAUAUGAUUCUUUCAGGGAACAGGGUGAUUAUAGAGUUGCUGAUGGUUCUGAUUCAUCUGAUAUGAACACUAAUUAUGAUGCAAUGAAAGAAACCAAUUCAGCAAAGUUAGACUAUGAUUUUAUGUGUUUUUUCCUUUCUAGCGACAGACUUGACCUCUACAAAUCAAUUGAUUAUCGGUGUGAAGAUAUGAUAUUAGGAGGGGAUGGCCUUUUGUCCGAGGCUCAAUGGCUUAUUGAUAUCGGUCUUCAUCCAAACUCCAACUCUCCUACAAAAGCAAUUGGUUACAGACAAGCCAUGGAUUACUUAAUAGGAUGCAGAGAACAAGGGGGUCAGAGUUCAGCUGGAGAAUUUUACAGAUUCUUGUCUGAAUUUCAAAAAGCUUCAAGGAAUUUCGCGAAACGACAGUUGACUUGGUUUCGUAAUGAACGAAUAUACCACUGGCUUGAUGCUUCUAAACCUCUGGAAACCGUUCUGAACUUUAUUCAUGAUGCAUACCACAAUCAGAAUGGAAAUCUUUUUGUGCCCGAACACCUUAGAAUGUCGAGAGAUAUUACUAAUCCUCGAAUAGCUGCUAAACUAAAGGCUUACCGCACCAGAAAUAGGCAUUUUGUGAACGGGGAAGAUUGUUAUCCUAUUUUGGAAUGGAUACAGAAGACUCAGAAGUGAAGGGAUGGAGAUUUUUCAUUUUAUAAUCGCUUGAAUUAGCUGCAUAUUUGAAAUUAUAGAGGAGUAUUGCAGGUUACAUAGGAAGUUUUGUUUUUGUUUCCUUGCUUGUUAGCAUCCUUUUCUCGACUUUUAUGUAGAAUAUUAUUGAUAGAAGAACAUUGUUGUACUGACAACUGAAUUUGUAAGUUAAAUUUAUUUUUUGAGCAAAAUUUGUAAGUUAAUUUGUUUU